CCUCCUGUAUUCAACAUGGAGUCUUAAGUCCAUUUCAGACAAGAGAACUGUUUUCAAGUGUGUAAUUGGGUACAAAGGAGAGUGUAUGGACACAGAGGAAGUUAUGUGGAUAAAGCCAUGAGCCGAACUACAGAAAACUGAGGCUUUUUUUAAAAAAAAAAAUAAUAAUAAUAAAAUACAUUUUUGCGCGGCAAAGCGGACGGGGUGCCACGGCCGUGCAUGCUUCUUGCUUCCGGGGUUUGUGCUGUGAAUGCGGUGAAAGUGAGCCGCAGCAGAGGACUCCGAUGGAGCCCAGACAAAUCAGCGGGCUGCACUCGGAGCUCAGCACCCACUCCACACCGGUGUCCGCGAGUGUGAGUGAGGAGCUGCUCCCAGAUGCCCAGGUCUUAACGGUGACAGCGGAGUGGAGUCAGAACGAUCCAGUCCGAGGCUCCAGACACCGCUACAUGCAGCAGUGGAGGCUGUUCAUAGACGGCAACAGCUACAAGACCAUCACUGGUGUCCUCUCACCAGGGUCAUGUGUACCUGUGACUGGAGAGUUGUUGAGUACAGUGUCUCCCUUUCGGAUGCAGAAGGCCGUGAUCAGGGAGACCUGCGGCCACCAGCUCUUAGAGAUAUGGGACCGGCACGGCCUCAGAAAAUGCCUCAACCUGACUGUCUUCAACCAGCAUGGCAGAGUGUAUGAAGACGCACACUUUGGCUGCUUGUCGUGGUUGGAGGGUGAGAACAAGUUACUGUAUGUAGCUGAGAAGAAGAACACAGAAGAAACACAUGACGGAGCAGAAUAUUGCAGGAAGGACAGGAGUUUGUACUGCGACGACUGGGGAGAGGGUCUGACCGAUAAAAGCGUCCCUGUUCUUUGUGUGGUGGAUUUGCACAACGGUUCAGUCAGGGUGUUGCAGGGUUCGCCGCCCGAUGUCUCUCCUGGACAGGCUCUGUGGGCUCCCGACGGCCGCUCAGUUUUUUUUGUCGGCUGGUAUCACGAACCUUUCAGACUCGGACUGAAGUUCUGCUCCAACCGCAGGUCAGCCUUGUUCAGACUUGACCUGGACGGACACUGUGAACGUCUGUCUGGGGACAACGUCUCUGUGUCCUGUCCCAGGCUGUGUCCGGACGGCUCCACGCUGAUCUACCUGCAGGGCGAAGUGUUCGGUCCUCACAGCCAGUGCCUCAGUCUGCAGCAGCUGGACCUGAAGAGUGGGAAAACAUCCACGCUGUUGGACGUUGUUAAAAGACCACGGGCUGGUGAGUUUGCAGGUGUGUAUGAAGCUCUGCCGUCCAGCUGCUGGUCUGCAGACGGUCAGCGGGUGGUGUUCAGCAGCGCCUGCAGGAACUGGAAGGAUGUAUUCAUGGUCGACAGAAGAUCAAAGAAAGUCACCUCCCUCUCUGAUAAUUUCUCUGAUCCUUCCCAGGUUUAUGGCAGCUGGAAGCUUCUGACAAUCCAGAAAGACCUGAUGGUCGUCUGCUGCUCGAGCCCCAACACGCCUCCUGCUCUGAGAGUAGGAAUCCUCCCAUCUGCAGGCGAGGCUGUGAUCUGGAAAACUCUGCAGCCGCCCAUCGCCACCUUCGAUUUCCACUGGACUGUUCUGGAUGUUACUCCUUCACCAGAAGAGGACAACACGUUCUACUCCGGUUUAGACUUCGGAGCCGUCUUGAUUAAACCGUCUUGUUCUCUCCGUAAAAGCAAAAUACCUAUGGUCGUCUUCAUCCACGGUGGCCCUCAUUCACAUUUCUCUGCAGAAUGGAACUCUACCAUAGCUGGACUGGCCAAACUCGGCUUCGCCGUGCUCAUGGUGAACUAUCGGGGAUCCACGGGGUUCGGCCAGGACAGCAUUUUGUCCUUGGUCGGUCGGAUCGGGAGCCAGGAUGUGAAAGACGUUCAGAGGGCAGUUCUCACUGCUCUGCAGAGCGACACCACCCUUGACCCCGACCGCUUGGCUGUGUUUGGUGGUUCUCACGGCGGUUUCCUGUCCUGUCACCUGCUCGGUCAGUACCCAGAGUUCUACAGGGCGUGUGUAGCCAGGAAUCCCGUCAUUAAUGCCGCCACGUUGGUGGGAACCAGUGAUAUAGUCGACUGGCGUUACACGACUGUGGGGCUCCAGUACUCAUAUGGCCAGAUACCCACUGCUGAGGCCCUGGCUGCUAUGUUAGAAAGGUCACCCAUUGUACACGCUGCCCAGAUCAAGGCUCCGGUGCUGCUCAUGUUGGGAGGCAGAGACAAACGAGUGUCUCCUCACCAGGGCCUGGAGCUUUAUAAGGUUCUGAAGAGCACAGGAUCACCCGUCAGGUUGUUGUGGUUUCCAGAGGAUGGACACUCUCUGUCCAGGGUGGACACACAGGCCGACUGCUUCCUCAACACAGUGCUGUGGCUGCAGCAGCACGUCUGAAGUUCUGUUGAACUUUCAGGAAAGUGAAGACUGCCAGGCUUCAGCGGGCCACUGCCUUUAAAAAAAAAGUAUUCUGUAACUCAGUGUUCCUUUGUUAAAAAAACAAAACAAAAUAAAAACAAUUUUAAGAAUGAG